AUGCAGCGCGUGUGUUUUUGUAAAACGGUGUCGUUAUUCAAUCAUGUUUUACAGCCAAGUCAAGCUCUCGCACUCUUUCAUCAAUCGUUAUUAUUCUCCUUAAAAAAUCUCGCUUUAAUUCGAUGGAUCAGCUCGACAAUUGAUAUUCCGACCGGCUUACAGUUGUUAAUGAUUGAUAUUAAUGGUAAUGUUACCAUUGAUGAUGGUUUAAUUUACAAACAACUAGCCAAUACAAAACAUGAAGUAGAACAACAAUUAGACACAACAUCAAUUUUGAAAUGGAUUAGUCGUAUUGUGUUACGAUUAGCAAGUGAUUGUUCUAUAUCAUCGAAAUCAGAUCGUUCCAUAGAAUUCGAAUCAUUUAAUGAUUUCCUUAAACAAUUUCACACUAUUUCAAGCAAUGAUCGAUCCACACUGUCCGAUCACGAUGAAGGAAUCAGCAAUGAUGACCUAGACGAUGAAGAUAUCAGUCGAAGAGCGAUUUACCGCGCUUUGAUGAAAUGUAUUGAAUACAUUACAAGCAAUUCCUUAACCAAUUCAUCCAAUAGUAAUGAAAACAAGUCUAAUAUUAGUGAAAUGCAAGAUUUUGAAAGCAAUGCGAUUGCUCUCUACAAUCAAGAAAUAAUUCAAAUUCUUUGCAGUGAUACUUUAGAAUUAGAAAUUGAAUUAGCACGUGAUAGUCGGCAACCAUCGUUCGAGUUAUCAUCAACACCGCCACUUCCGCACGAUAACAGAUUUUAUUCGACUUGGUCAUCGCUAUGGCGUGAUGUGACUGUUGAAUAUUUACAAUUCAAUGAUCAAAACCGUCUGCGUAAAGUUUCAUUGGAUAAUUAUGGUAAUUUAAACGGUUCAACGAAUGAAAUUCGUCGAUGGUCGAUGAGAGACAAUGAUCGCAUUCUCGACGAAAUUUCUCGACGACAACAAAAUCUUCGCAAAACAAGUCCGUUGAUACGUGUCCGAGAAACCAAUCUCGAAUGUUUACACGAUCGAUUGAUGUCAGAAAUUAAGCAACAAAGAAUUCUAAAGCCAAUUGGCAAUGACAAAAGUCGUUUAUUGAAUUCCACAGCAUCUAGUCUGGAUAGUUCGCGUAAAAGAAUACGCCCGGUCAAAGCAACCAAUGAAAGUGAUUUAAGUUCUGAUGAUGAACAACGUGAUGAACACGGUCGAAAACGUGUCGCAGUGAUUGAUUGCCUUUUAGAAUCUUCUCCAUCAUCACCCGAAGACGAUGUGGACAGCGAAGCAACAAUCAAAUCUAAAUGUCUUAUGAAAGACAGUUCAAAUACAUUAUCGCUUACAUUUGAUGAAUUCAGUCACAUACGGAAUGUGAUCACGCGAGCCGAACUCGAAACAUUGCUAUUUAACGAAAAGCUAUAUGCUGAAGUUGCUCAGGGAAAGUUAUGCUUUACAUGUCGAAAAGUGCAUUUUAACUUACUGACAUUUACAUUUGGCAUUCAAUGUAAUGUUUGCAAACAAAAAGUCUGUCGAAGUUGUGUUACUCAGAUUGCCUUACCGAAGGAAAGACUCAAUGAUAUACCAAUUCAAUCAUUCACUCCAUUGACAUUGUCGAAAGGAUUGCACAAUCCUGAACGAUCGUAUUCUCUCGAUAAUCAAUCACCAUUGACACCGGUUAUGAAUGAUGUUAUAAAUGACUUUACACAGAAUGACGUUGACUCUCGUCGAAGUUCAACCCCGGCUAAUGCAAAGAAACUUUCCGAAUUAUCUAAACGCAACUCGGAACCGAUCGAUAUCUGCACUGAUUGUUUCUUUCUUCUACAACAACUUCGUAAGAAGUCUCGACAACGUCAUAUUGAUCCUCCAAUACUUCCGCCGACAUCAUCAUCAUCGUCAUCAGUCAAUCGUUCAUAUCAUUCAUCAUCACGUUCAACAUCGAACUACAAUCUUUCAUCAUCGUCAUCAGCAUCAUCGGUUGUUGCACUUUUAGCUCAACAACAACAUCAUCAAAAUUCUUUGAUGAUGAAAUCGAAUUCGAAACAAGAAUUAGUCGGCAGCAACAAUGACCCAUUACAAACUUUGACCACAAUUGGCGCAACCGGUGGUUCACAACGCGUGACUCUCUCACGACGUCAUCUCUUCCUGAAACUUCAACCAACCUACGAUGUGAAAUAG